CUGAGUCUUGUCCAGCCCCAUAUUUCACAGUGCGUUGUUGCUGCCAGCGCCACCUAAUUCCAUUUCCAGCCUUAGAUGGACACAUACCUCCGGCUGUAGCGGACUGUUGGGCUGUCCAGUGAAGCAAUCCCGCCAUGCGUGAAUACAAGCUAGUGGUGUUAGGCUCUGGAGGUGUGGGCAAGUCGGCUCUGACAGUUCAGUUUGUACAGGGAAUCUUUGUGGAAAAAUAUGACCCUACAAUAGAAGACUCGUACAGAAAGCAAGUGGAGGUAGACGGGCAGCAAUGUAUGCUUGAAAUUCUCGACACAGCCGGCACAGAACAGUUCACAGCAAUGAGGGACUUGUACAUGAAGAAUGGCCAAGGCUUCGCUCUGGUAUACUCCAUCACAGCACAGUCCACCUUCAAUGACCUCCAAGACCUGCGAGAACAGAUUCUACGAGUAAAGGACACAGAGGAUGUGCCCAUGAUCCUGGUAGGAAACAAGUGCGACUUGGAGGAUGAGCGUGUGGUGGGAAAAGAGCAGGGCCAGAACUUGGCCAGACAGUGGAACCACUGUGCCUUUUUAGAGUCCUCUGCUAAGUCAAAGAUCAACGUCCUUGAUAUCUUCUACGACCUGGUCAGACAGAUCAAUAGGAAAACACCAGUGGAAAAGAAGAAGGCGAAAAAGAAAUCCAACUGUGUCCUGCUUUAAAAGGCCCCCUCCGCCCCGAGCCCCUGCAGCAGCUCUGAGCCAGAAAUGCUGUAAUGAAGAACUGUUGCCCUGAUUGGAACGUGCCAGCAUUCCAACAGCCCCCCUCCCCCCUUCCUGCCCUCCCCCCCCCCUGCCCGCUCACCCGCCCGCCCCUCCAUCAGCCAUAAACGAUGAAUCAGCUGACUGAACUGCUCCUAUCAAAGCCGAGGACGAUCUACACGAGAGCAAACGGAGGAACGCAGACAGUCAGAGGGAGAAGACUCUCGCCUCGGAGGACCUUCCUCUGUCUCGGUUUCAGUGUGAACCUCGAACGGACAGUUUCCACAUCUGCACCAACUAACAACAGCACCACAAACUGAUGAUGUAACGCUGCAAAGCCUCCGAAAGUUUGAAAAAAAGAAAGAAAAAAAAAAAAAACAGCGUUCAUGAGCCGCCCCGUAUGGCCAGAGAGCAGCCCCUUAUUUUCCAAUUAUUUUUUUAAGUUU